AUGGCAGGCAGAUCAUUAUAUUCUGCUAAUCCCACUUCUCAUAAUCACCAGAACAAAUCCAGUCUUGGGGAAAAUAAAAACACAUCAUGUUCAUUUUCUAUUGAAAGCAUUUUGGGGUUGGAGCAGAAAAAAGAUGGCACCCCAGCUUCAGAACCUCACAGGCCAUGGGUGGAUAAAUGCAAUGAUUUAGGAGAGGACUGUAACCCCUGUUUGCGUAUCCCCACCAUUUCCUAUGCGAUCCCAUUGUUUCAUGCAACCAAAUACCCAGAGGCAGAAGAAAGAGUUCUUAAAUGUGAAAACUAUUUUGCAGUCAAUGAAAGGCUUUCUUACAAAAGGGAAUUGAGUUGGUACCGAGGCAGGAGGCCAAGGACUGCAUUCACUCGAAACCAGAUUGAACUACUGGAAAAUGUUUUUAGAGUGAAUUCUUAUCCUGGAAUUGAUGUCAGAGAAGAACUAGCCCAGAAAUUAGAUUUAGAUGAAGACAGAAUCCAGAUCUGGUUCCAGAAUCGUCGAGCAAAGAUGAAGAGAUCACACAGAGAAUCUCAGUUUCUAGUGGUGAAAAAUUCUUUCCCACAAAAUAUGAUAAAAUAG